ACACUGUCAUGGCCGCUCACUGAGUUGCGUGUGUGUGUGUGUGUUAUAAGAGUGUGUUUGAGUGUCAUGUUUAGCGUCAUGAGGAUGCGAGCCGGGCUCCAGUGGUUUCGGUUCGGUGUCAGAGGCUUUCAUCACAGCGGUGACGGUGUUCGGACUGUGACUGUCAGUUUGGGGGACCGAAAGCUCGAAAUUUCUACAGGGAAACUGGCCAGGUUCGCUGAUGGCUGUUCUGUUGUGAAGUUGGGUGACACAUCAGUGAUGGUAACAGCAGUCAGUAAAACUAAAGCAUCAUCCUCUCAGUUCAUGCCACUGGUGGUGGAUUACAGACAGAAAGCUGCAGCCGCAGGACGAAUCCCCACAAACUACCUGAGACGAGAGCUGAGCAGCACAGACACAGAGAUCCUCACCAGCAGACUCAUCGAUCGCUCCAUCAGACCGCUGUUCCCCGCCGGAUAUUUCUACGACACACAGGUGUUGUGUAAUAUACUGGCUGCUGAUGGAGUCAAUGAUCCAGAUAUUGUGGCCAUUAAUGGAGCGUCUGCAGCUCUGGCUCUGUCCGACAUCCCCUGGAAUGGACCCAUCGGUGCGGUGCGCGUCGGCCUUGUAGACGGAGAGUUCAUUGUCAAUCCCACGCGCUCUCAGAUGAACAUCAGCACGCUCAAUCUGGUGGUUGCAGGCGCCGCCUCCAGUCAGAUAGUGAUGAUGGAAGCGGCAGCGGAGAAUGUUCUCCAGCAGGAUUUCUGUCACGCGGUGAAGUUAGGAGUGAAACACACGCAGCAGAUCAUUCAGGCCAUACAGCAGAUGAGCCGAGAGCUCAAAGUGACCAAACGAACUCCAGCCAAACUCUUCACGCCUCCAGCAGACUUGGUGGAACACACCAGAGAGUUGGCAUCUGAGAAGAUUUAUGCUGUGUUUACAGACUUCACACAUGAUAAGAUUUCCAGAGAUGAGGCGAUUAAUAAAAUUCGUCUGGAGACAGAGGAACUCGUCAAAGAGAGGUUUCCUCACUGCGAGCCGUUUGAGGUGAUCGAAGCGUUUAACAGCAUCUCUAAAGACAUCUUCAGGAAUUUAGUUCUUAACGAAUACAGACGGUGUGAUGGCCGAGAUCUGAUGUCUUUGAGGAAUAUCUCGUGUGAGGUGGACGUGUUUAAACCGCUGCACGGCUCUGCGCUCUUUCAGAGGGGUCAGACGCAGGUGCUGUGUACAGUGACGUUUGACUCUCUAGAGUCCAGUAUUAAACCUGAUGUGAUAACCACAGCACUCAGUGGAAUCAAAGACAAGAACUUCAUGCUGCAUUAUGAGUUUCCUCCGUAUGCGACCAAUGAGAUCGGCAAGAUGGGAGGAGUGAACAGACGAGAACUCGGACACGGAGCACUGGCAGAGAAAGCUUUGAGAUCGGUCAUUCCCAAAGACUUCCCCUUCACUAUCCGUGUGACAUCGGAGGUGCUGGAGUCUAACGGCUCAUCGUCGAUGGCUUCAGUGUGUGGUGGCAGUUUAGCUCUCAUGGAUUCAGGUGUGCCCAUAUCUUCAGCUGUAGCAGGUGUUGCUAUCGGUCUGAUAUCUAAAUCCAACGCUGAGAAAUCAUCAUCUGAUAUUCUCGACUACAGAUUACUGACUGACAUACUGGGAAUUGAGGAUUAUAAUGGAGACAUGGACUUUAAACUGGCUGGAACGAGUAAAGGCAUCACAGCUCUGCAGGCUGAUAUAAAGAUCACUGGACUUCCUCUGAAGAUUGUUAUGGAGGCCAUACAGCAGGCCACAGUGGCCAAAAAAGAGAUCUUAAGCAUCAUGAACAAGACGAUAUCUAAAGCGAGGAGCACCAGGAAGGAGAAUGGGCCGGUUGUUGAGAAUGUGAAGGUGCCUGUAUCCAGAAGAGCUCGAUUUGUCGGUCCAGGAGGAUAUAAUCUACGCAGAUUACAAGCCCAGACAGGUGUGACGAUUAGUCAGGUGGACGAGGAGACAUUCUGUGUGUUUGCCCCGACACCCAGCGCCAUGAACGAAGCACAGGAGUUCAUCGGAGAGAUCUGUAAAGAUGAUCAAGAAGAACAGUUGGAGUUUGGUGCCGUAUACACGGCCACUAUCACAGAGAUCAGGGACAUCGGUGUGAUGGUGAAGCUGUAUCCGAACAUGAGCGCUGUGCUGCUACACAACUCCCAACUCGACCACAAACGGAUUAAACACCCCAGUGCUCUCAGACUGGAGGUUGGACAGCAGAUCCAGGUUAAGUAUUUUGGCCGUGACCCGACAGACGGCCGAAUGCGACUGUCUCGUAAAGUCCUUCAGUCUCCCACGGCGACGGUCGUCAAGACCUUGAGUGACAGACACAGCAUCUCCAUAGCAACACCUCAUGAGCACUCCUCGGACUCAUAAACUCAUCAUGAACUUUUGUACAUUGUGUAUUUUAUAAUAAAUGGUCUUAUUCCAAACACUAUGUGACAAACACAACUCUGACUUGCGUAUUACACGUCAUGUUUGACAAGUCUAUAAAACAAAUUGAAUCCGUCAACAUUUUGUUGGAUUGAAAAUCAAAUUUGAGCUGUUGAUAAUUAAGUAUUAAUAAUAAUAAUUUUUAUACUGUGCCGUUUAUGCAGUGACCACUUACAAAAAAAGUCUUCAUGGUCGAGUGCUACAGUAAAAUCAUGAUAAACAGUG